UAAACCAACAAAACAAUCUUGGCUGCCCUCCAAACAAUGGUACAACAAGCAUAUUAGGAUAAGAGGUAUACCAUUUUGCGAGAUUGGAAGGCAACCCAACAGAAUCCUCAUCCCUCCUUCCAAGUUGUUCCAGAUCCAUCUCGAUCUUCUUCAUCUUAAGGAUCUUCUCCAUCUCUUUCUAAAUAGGCUUUAUUUACCAUUUUUUUCCUAUUUCUUUUUGCGUUGACAAAGGGGGGGAAUUACUUUAGAUUUUCCUAUUUACCAUUUUUUUCCUAUUUCUUUUUGCGUUGACAAAGCGUUCGUCUUUGUGAUCUCCUCGUGCCUUCGGGCAUCGUUCGUUUCGUCUCCGGUCUACCCUUGCCGCUGUUCUUCAACACCAACAACUGUUCAAUCGCAACGCUUGCAUAAGGCACUUGUACUAGAACCAGAAGAACUUGUAUCUCUGACAUUGAAGUUCUAUUGGUCAAAGCAACAAAUACUUUCUGUUAUAGUUGUAUUUCUUCUGGGUCUUGGCUCAAUGUUCUAUCUCAGUAGGAUUGAGCAUAAAUUGCGCUUGCCUCCUUCUCUUCUUUCCCUUCCUAUUCGAGACGCCAUACACACGGAGCUUGAGAAGCUUUUCUUGGAUAAGGUUAUUGCAAACUUGGGCCUUUGCACAUGUGUUUAUGAUAUCAUUUCCAUUGAGGGUGGGUUUAUCUUCCCUGGUGAUGGUGCUCCAACCUAUACGGUGGUAUUUAAUUUGAUUAUGUUUCGUCCAAUUAUGGGGGAAAUUAUUACUGCCAAACUUCAUUCAUCUGAUGCUGAUGGCUUACGCUUAUCCCUUGGAUUCUUUGAUGACAUUUAUAUUCCUACUCAUCACAUGCCCAACCCAAGUCACUUUGAUCCCAUACCAGGAAAAAGCAAUAAAAGCGUGGUAUGGUUUUGGGAUUAUAAGAAAGAAGAAGGAUUAUCGUAUCCUAUUGAUAGUUCUGAUGAAAUCAAAUUCCAAGUUCAAAGUGUGAGUUACCCGCCAAUUCCAGUUGAGCAACCAAAAGAAUCCAAGCCAUUUGCCCCAAUGUUGGUUUAUGGAUCAUUAGAUCAGGAUGGUCUGGGCCCUGUUUCUUGGUGGUGACGAAUUAAUUCCCAGGUUUUAUUCAUUUUCAAGAUUAUCUUAGAAGAAAUUGGUCUUUUAUUUAAUAAGUAAAAAAUUGAAGAAAAUUGGUCGAUAGACUUAGCAGGAUAAAAGAAAUUAAUGGUUAGCCCAUGUCCCUGGGGACAUCUCUUAAAAACCCUGAAUGUGAUUCGAUAAAUUCCAUUGCUUUGUAAAGUAUAGUAUUUAGUUUAAUGGGAUUGUUUGCCUUUCUAUUUCUAAUUUUCUCUUUUUUGCCUUUCCAUAUCUACAUCAUGAAACCAUACUUUAAGAAAGGUGUUUGGUAUCCAUACUUUUGUUACCUAUACCUGCCUAUUCCUAUAUAUAAAGGGAAUACAAGAUUUUGCUGU